CACGUGAUGUUUGUUUCUGAUAUCUUUUAGAAUUCUUGGGACACCUUGCAAAAAUAUGUGACGAUCGAUUUUAAAGGUGUACUGUGAACAGUUGAUAGAAAGUAAAAUGAAAUAUAUAUUGUGCAUCAGCAUUAUUUCAACGGUUUUACUUCAAGUUAUUGUGAAAAUAACAGGGUAUGGAGAUUUGUGUUAUUCUGGGUAUCAUCACUGCAGUGGAACUAUAUGGUGCUGUCCUGAUGGCUAUGUCUGUACGGGGACAUCAACAUGUCUUAGUACUGGGCUGAUUGUUGGAAUCGUGAUUGGUUGCCUGGUUUGCGUAGGAAUCUUCAUUGGAGUGGUUUGUGCCUGUGUAAGACGUCGUAACAACGCCGGAACAGUUUUACAAACACAGGGUGGCGCACAAACAGUUGCAGCACAGUCUGGACAAACAUAUCCACAAUCUGGUCAAACAUAUCCACAAUCUGGAUACCCGGGAGCACCAAAUCCACAACAGCCAGGUUACCCUCCGGCGUACCCAGCUCCAAAAUACUAAAUUACGACAUAUCAAAAUGUUAUCAUUCUAUUUUAACAAAAAGAAGCUUUUUUAACAAAGUUUCCUGCUGCUUAACUUAAUGCUAUUCAAACUCAUCACCUUAUUUUAAAAAUACUGUGUCUUAAUCUAUGAAUUCAAUGUAUUUAACUUACCAUUUCUGCUUUAGAGGUACUUUUAGCUGUACUUAUUAUGUGUUAUCGUCGACUGUUAACUUUCACUGCAACAAAUUGAACCACUCAACUUACUUGUUAAACACAAUUUUUAUGAAAACAAUGCAGACAAUUAAACAAAUAAUACGGAAAUAGACGAAAAUAGACGAGUCUUUGUAUCAAACCAAUCGAUUUGUGAGAAGCAUUUUGAUCUUUGAUUAUAUGUUAAUUUUAAAAAUAAUAUACUUUUUUUUCUUAAUGGAAGGAGCCGGACCGUUUUAGGGUUUUAAUUAUGAUAUGAUACUUGGUGUAUAAGGUUUUUUUCAUUAUUAUAGGCGUCUAAGCGUAUUACGGAGUUUUCAUUGAAGGAGGUCUUGACGUAGUAGCCGGUUUUUAUAAUAUAAGGGGUCUUGGCGUGUUAUGAGUUUUUCAUGAUGAUAGGGGGAUUGCCAUUUGAGGUUUUGAUUAUGCCAGUGGAGAUUACGUUUAAUGAUUAUUAUCCUUUUAUUUCAAAUGUUUAACCAAUAUUUAAGUGUUGUUAGUCACAGUGAUCACUUACAGUUUUCAUUGAGAUGCAUUCUUAAAGACAAAAUAGUAAAAGCGAAUUUUAAGUUUCGAAGGUUAUUUUUACAAUUUCUUUUUGAAUGUAUGUAUAACAUAUGAACCCUUUGUUCAAUAGUCAAAUUAUACGUCUUUGAAAAUCUUUUAUUGAUUCCAUAUAAUAUAUGGAAGAUUUUCCAUUUGUAUUUGUUUCGCCUUCUCUCGUAACUAUAUUCUACGCAUUGUUAUAUUUUAUGUGCAUAUGUUCAUUGAAUCAUAAAUCGAACAUAGUAUUAUGUAUAUUUCUUAUUAAAAAUAUAUUAUCAAUAA